AAGGCAGGGGCGCAAAUGGUGGGCUUCCUUCGGGCCUUCACCGCCGCAUCCGCCGUGCCAGCAGCAGCAGCAGCCGUCGCCGCAGUCGCCUUCUCCUCCGCCGCCCCUUACCCCUCUUCCAGACUCCGCUUCCCCUUGCUCACCUCCCUCUCCCCGUUCGCCUCCUCUUCCGCCGCCUUGCGUACGCCGAACGCCGUCCCUCCGAUGGCCGCCGCCGCCGCAGCCACCACAACAACCGAUCUCUCCGCUCCCGACAAGGCCACCUCGCUUCCGGAGCUCACGACCGAAUUCAUGGUGGACAUGAAAUGUGAGGGCUGUGUCACAGCAGUGAAAAACAGGCUUCAAACACUUGAAGGAAUUAAAAACAUCGAAGUGGAUUUGAGUAACCAGGUUGUUAGAGUUCUUGGGUCGCUCCCAGUGAAGACAAUGUUAGAUGCUCUGCAUCAAACAGGCCGAGAUGCACGUCUGAUUGGGCAAGGGAACCCAGACGCUUUCUUAGUUUCUGCUGCUGUGGCUGAGUUCAAAGGGCCAGUUAUAUAUGGUGUUGUUCGUCUAGCCCAAGUUAACAUGGAAUUGACUAGAGUUGAAGCCACUUUUAGUGGGUUAUCACCUGGUAAACAUGGAUGGUCAAUAAAUGAAUUUGGCGAUUUGACAAAAGGUGCUGAAAGUACUGGCAAAGUAUAUAAUCCACCGGAUUAUCUAUCCAAUAAGCCCCUUGGUGACCUGGGAACACUUGAAGCUGGAGAGAAUGGAGAAGCUCAAUUUUCAGGAUCUAAAGAGAAACUGAGAGUUGUGGACUUAAUUGGUCGCUCUGUUGCGCUGUAUGCUACCGAGGACAGAUCAGACUCGGGCAUUGCGGCAGCCGUGGUCGCUAGGAGCGCUGGUGUCGGGGAGAACUACAAGAAGCUCUGCACCUGCGAUGGUGUCACCAUUUGGGAAUCGAGCUAAAAUCUGCCACGAUGGAGUUUCACCAUACUACUGUUUCAUCCCCAAUAUGUUGUACACAGAAGUAACAAUGUAGACACAAUCAACCAGUUACUGAGCAUUUGGAAUAAGAGUGAAUACAUUUGAGGAAUACAUUUUUCUUCAGUAA